AUUGCUUCGUCCUCUUCCCGGUAGGAUACUUCGCCGAACUACUUCCCACCAUGUCGCGAAACGCACGGAUAGAAGAGAUCAGCGACAGCGACAGCGAUCCGGCUGAGAUGGACAUUGCAGACUUCGAUCCCGCCAACAUUAUGCAGAUGGUCAAUCCGCAAUAUCAAGAGACGGGCCUACAGUCGCAGUUGCGGCCAGCGGACCCCUCGAAGCCUCACCAACCUCAAGCGCCAAUAUCACCCAUGCAACGUAUGCCACCAAGACCAUCCCAGGCGCAGGAGUCUCAACAGUCCAAGCAACAGGCUGCGGAUCGCGAGAAGUCAAAGCAUUGGCAAUGCCUCUACCCAAUCUACUUCGAUGCCAGUCGCACACGAGGGCAAGGUCGCCGCAUCGGAAAAGAGCAGGCUGUUCCUAAUCCGUUGGCCCGUGAGAUUGCAGAAGCUACGGCAUCACUAGGACUCAAUGUCGUAUUUGAGCCUGAAAAGACGCAUCCCAAGGACUGGAGCAAUCCCGGCCGAGUACGAGUCCUAGUGAAAGAGAAGGGGAAAUCAGUGGGAGGAAUCGUCGCGAAUAAACACCAUCUCUACACGCUUGUCUCAAAGUAUCUUCAAGAUCACCCCACUACCGAAUCGUCACCACUCAAACUGCGCAUUGCUGGAUUACCUCCUCCAAAAGAGCCACUCCAACCUGCGAUCCCACGCGGCUGGAAAAUGAACACCAUCUUGCCGCUACAUUCACCAGCUCUCACUGGAGGAGGCGUCAGUGAGAAUUUCCUUCAAGAGAUGAUGGCAGAGAUGCAGGGAGGCGACGCUGCAGCUGCGAUAGGCGCAGCCGGCGGAAGUGAUACUGGCAAGAAAAAGAAAGACAAGAAGAAGAUAAAAGGAUGAGUCACAAUUAACUCUUCAUGUAUGAUGAUACCACGGGGGAAUUACAUAGGGUACGGUGGCUGCAUUUGCAUGGCGAGGCGUUUGGGUUGCAGGAACGUGUGGCCAAGAUUAAAGAUCAAUUACAGCUGAACAAGGCCCCGGUGGUCAUGAUUUUCAAUGUCAAAAACAUGGAAUGUUCAAGUUGCUUUCAUUAAUGUCUAGGUCACCUUCCCCUCAACUUUCAGAGUUCCACAUCCUAUCAUCACCUGUCCAUACCUGAAGAGCCCUACUAAAAGCGCGA